AUGCAAGCGUUCGGCGAUUCUUCAUCAACCACCAACAUUCCGCAAAAACUCGAAAAGUUCUUGACGCCACCGCAAACCGAAGACAAAUACGGGCAGACGACGAUCUCGAUCUCAUCGAGCUCGGCUCAUUCGGAGCACAAUACGCCGAGCUAUAUUGAGUCGUUGAAAGAGGAGCGCAAACUAUUGUCUAGUCAUAGUGAAUUGACGCAUGUUUUCGAUUUGAUCGACAAGGAAAUCAAGAGAUUGUCGAAUGCCGAGCAAGUUGAAGCUGCUCAGGCCGCUGCUCAAGCUUCCAAGGACCCGUCGCUUCUCUCAAAAACCUUGCUCGUGCCUGUUGAACUCUAUCCAAACUACAAUUUCGUUGGGCGCAUUUUGGGACCACGUGGCACCACUGCCAAGCAAUUGGAAACCGCCACCGGCUGCAAAAUCAUUAUCCAUGGGCGAAAAGCGUCGGGAACCGGAAGUUCCGUCGCCACCGCGAAUGAGCCAUUGAGCGUCGAAUUGACGUGUUCGGCGAGUUUGCCGGAUGCGGCCCAGAAGUUGGAGAUGGGUGUCAGUGUGAUUGAGGCGUUGUUGGUGCCACCGGUGAGGAUUUUGAAGCGCUCCACCGAAAUAAACACGCAACGCAGACCGCGCCGCGCCACAACACACACAAAUUCAAAUUCCCUCCCUUUUUUGUGUGUGUGUUGUGGCGCGGCGCGGUUUGCGUUGCGUGUUCAUUUCGGUGGAGCGAGAUUCCAGCACUAGCCCACUAGAAAGCUUCAAAAACUGGAAAAUCAUUAUGUAUUGUCGAAAUUGAAAAAUGUAACGGCCGUAAAAAAUGAAAACCAAUGCAGAAUUGAAUUGGACUUCGUCAGUCGCGUGCGGUUGUGCGGCGCGGUCGGGAAAAAAUGAAUUAUUGAUUGUUUUUCGACCGCGCCGCACAACCGCACGCGACUGACGAAGUCCAAUUCAGUUCUGCACUGGUUUUCAUUUUUUACGGCCGCCACAUUUUUCAAUUUUGACAAUAGAGAUUCACGAACGUUUUUUAACGAUAAAAAACCGAAAAAGUGAUUUACGAAUGGUAUUUUUGUUCAUUUUUUCACAAUUUUCUCAACACAUUGAAUAAAGUGAAGCUAAAACGCAUUUUAGUGUCCAGAAAUGCUAUUUUAAGAUCUUCUAAUCAGCCUGAAAGACAAAUCAAUUUUCGAAAAUCAAAAUUUUGAUUUUUAAGGCUUGAUUUGUCUUUCAGACUGAUUAGAAGGUCUUAAAAUAUCAUUUCUGGACACUAAAAUGCGUUUUAGCUUCACUUUAUUCAAUUUGUUGAGAAAAUGGUGAAAAAAUGAAUAAAAAUACCGUUCCUGAAUCCUUUUUUUCAGUUUUUGAAGCGUUCUAGCUCCAAAAUCAUCAAUUUUUCUAGGCUGACGGUCAAGACGAGUUGAAACGUCAACAAUUGAUGAUUCUUGCCAAUAUGAAUGGAACUUAUCGUCCAAGAUCAGCUGCAGCAAUUGCAGCCGCCGCUGCGAAUUCGACAGCUUCAGGAGGAGUUGGAGAUUAUCAAUUUGAAAGUGAGCAAGCAAAAAUAGAAAAUCCCCCCAACAAAUUCGAUUUUUUGCAGAUCUUCUUCCAUUUGGCUAUCGUCUUCCAACCGUCGGUCCGAAUUGUCAUCACGAAAAGAUGGUCAAAUCGUUGUUGUCGAUGGGAUUGCCGAAUUCGAAGCCGCCGAUUGUCGAAAAUACGGAUUGUUCGAAUCCGAGAUGCGCGGUUUUUCGAAAUUUGUUGGGAAAUGAGGCGAAUCAUCAACAUGGAUCAUUGACGUAAGGAAACUCGUGUGUCGUUGGACGCGUUGCGGUCACGCGCUGCGUGCUUUGAAGCACGCAGCGCAUGACCGCAACGCGUCCACGUCAUAACUCAUCCUAAGAGUUGAGCUAACUUCUGACAAGCAGAUCCUGACCAGAAGGUCAAAAUCUACUUGCAGCAGCAGCUAGUCCCUCGUAAAUAUUUCGAAAAUUGAUGAAUGUCGGUGUGUGCGCGCGCGGUCGCGAUGCGGUCGAAAUAAAAUCAAUAUUUUUUUCAUUUUUCCCUCGAAAAUGUUGUUUUUUACCUAAAAAACGGUCAUUUUUUGCGUGAUUAAAUUGAAGUUAUUCAUUUUUCAAGUUUUUCAAACUAAAACCUGGAAUUAAUGUUGAAUAACUUUAAUUUGAGGCAAAAAAUGACCGGUUUUUUGGAAAAAACAAGAUUUUCGAGGGAAAAAUGAAAACCGCAUCGCGACCGCGCGCGCACACACCGACAUUCAUUCAUUUUCGAAAUAUUUACGAGGGACUAGUUUCUGCUUGCCAGAAGUUAGCUGAACUCUGAAAAUCAGCUAUGACGUGGACGCGUUGCGGUCAUGCGCUGCGUGCUUCAAAUGCAAAAAUGAAGCACGCAGCGCGUGACCGCAACGCGUCCAACGGCAUUUGUGCUCUUCUAAAAACCUAACCAAUUCUUGUUUCCAGAAAAUUCGAAGAUGUCUUAAAUGCGAUGCAAUUGUAUGAAGUUAUCAAUCGAAUUCGAAUCUCGGAAAGUUCGGCAAACUUUGGCCGAAAAUUGAAUGUACAAAGGAAAUAA